AUGACAGACAAUUCUAACCGGAAUCAAAUAAGUAAAUUCAAAUUUGUUUUCCUUGGAGAACAGUCAGUCGGGAAAACAUCAAUUAUCACCAGAUUUAUGUAUGAUACGUUCGAUAAUAAUUAUCAAGCAACAAUUGGAAUUGAUUUUUUAAGCAAAACACUAUAUUUGGAGGACAGAACUAUUCGUCUUCAACUAUGGGACACUGCUGGCCAGGAGAGAUUCCGAAGUUUAAUCCCUAGUUAUAUUAGAGAUUCUUCUGUGGCAGUAGUCGUAUAUGAUAUUACGAAUAGAUCAACGUUUUUGAACACGACAAAAUGGAUAGAAGAUGUCCGAAACGAGAGAGGAAAAGAUGUCAUAAUAUCUUUGAUUGGUAAUAAAGCUGACCUUGAAGAUAGAAGACAAGUGAAAUAUGAAGAAGCGGAGAAACUCGCACAAGAAAAUAAUAUUAUGUUUAUUGAAACCAGUGCAAAGAAUGGGUACAAUAUCAAAUCUCUAUUCAAAAAACUUGCUUCUACGCUUCCUAAUCUAGAUUGCGCUCAGGAAGGGAAAAAUGAAGCAAACAGUUCUGGUGGCUUGGAAAACAAUAUCAAUAAAAUUGUUGAUUUACAAGCUGGUGAUGAAAGAGCUCGUUUUAAUUAUAAAAAGUGUUCGUGUUAA